UUGAGGAGCAGGCGCAGCACUGGCACUCUCACACUCUUACUGAGGGCCACUGUUCCUCUGGCACUCACUCACGCCAUUACUACCACCUCUCCUGCUGCGCUCCAUACAUACACCGCCCGAACAGGGCCACUUUGCUCAUAAGAGCAAGAACAAUCACAGCCUCCGCCGAGAUGAGCAACCUGGCGAGUGAGCUGGAGCGGCCUGGCACCAACGGGUCUAACCGGCAGGCCUGGGGUGGUUUUGAUGGAGCAGCACCGCCUACAGGGCCUGCUGCAGGACUAGGCCCCAACACCCCCUCUAAUGACGCCUACGAGUAUGAAACUAAUGAAACCAUCCACAAGAAGGGGUGCUGGUACUCUUUCUCCACAUGCAUAGGCCGCAUGUGGGCCACUAGACAGAUGGUCCAAAAAGAGGAUCGAGAAAUCUACGUUCGUACCACCUUGAGGGAGCUGGUGGUCUACCUCAUCUUCCUCCUUAUCCUCUGCAUCUUGACCUUUGGUAUGACCUCGCCUACCAUGUACUACUUUACCAAUGUGCUGAGUGGCCUCUUUCUGGAUAUCAAGUUCCCAGACAGUGAACUUACUUACAGAGAGUCAGCGUUGGUCAUUGACUUUUGGACGUUUGUGCAGAAUGUGAUGUUGGAUGGGUUGUAUUGGGAGAACUGGUAUGACACAGCCAAGACUCCUACAUCGCCAGAUGACCGAAACAUUCUGUAUGAGAAUCGUUUGCUUGGUAUCCCACGUAUGAGGCAGCUACGAGUUCAAAAUAGCUCGUGUACAAUACCGGAUGACUUCCAGCAGGCCAUAAGGCAGUGCUAUGGUGUGUACUCCCCAUCCAUUGAAGAUACGGAACCAUUUGGCCCAGGAAAUUCAACAGAAUGGGAGUACCACACUGAAGAGGAGAUGAAUGGCACCAGCUACUGGGGACAAAUUGCAGUCUACUCUGGUGCAGGAAGCUAUAUUGACCUUGGUUUAAACAGAAGCGAAAGUGAAGACAUUAUUUCCAAUCUCCGUAAAAACUUGUGGGUUACGAGAGCUACACGUGCAGUCUUUAUUGACUUUACUGUUUACAAUGCCAACAUUAACCUCUUCUGUGUUAUCAAGCUGGCAUUUGAGUUUCCAGCAACUGGUGGCAUUAUUCCCUCAUGGUCCUUCCUUACUGUGAAAUUACUGCGUUAUGUCACCCCAUUGGAUUACUUUAUAAUGGCCUGCGAGUUUAUAUUCCUUUUCUUCAUACUAUACUACAUUGUCGAAGAAACUAUAGAAAUUAAAGCUCUUAAGUGUGCCUACUUCAAGAACAUCUGGAACCUUCUUGAUCUUGUGGUGAUAAUUAUUUCCAUUGUGUGUACUGGAUUUAGUAUAUAUUCAACCAUCUCAAUCAACUAUUUGUUGGAAGACUUGCUAGCUGACCCCGACACCUUCUCUGACUUCCAGUUCUUAGGCUUCUGGCAGUCACAAUUCAACAAUGGAGUGGCUGUCUUAGUUUUCUUUUCCUGGUUUAAACUCUUUAAGUACAUCUCCUUCAACAAGACCAUGACUCAGCUCUUUACUACCUUGUCAAAGUGUGCCAAAGACGUGGCCGGCUUCACCAUCAUGUUCUUCAUCGUGUUCUUUGCUUAUUGUCAGCUUGGCUACCUACUGUUUGGCACACAGGUUGAAGAUUUCAGUACUUUUCUAAAUUCUGUUUUCACCUUACUCCGAACAAUCCUUGGUGACUUUAACUUCCACGACAUUGAGGCAGCCAACAGGAUCCUGGGACCUAUAUUCUUCAUUUCUUACGUGUUUUUUGUCUUCUUUGUGUUGCUCAACAUGUUUUUGGCCAUCAUCAAUGACACCUACACAGAAGUCAAGUUUGAUCUGGCUGGUCAGCGCAAUGAAUUCGAAAUUGCCGACUACUUUAAACGUGGCUACAACAACAUGAUGGGCAAACUGGGCAAGAGAGAUAAGCUGAUAGAUCUCCAGAACGCUAUCAAACUUUCCGAUAGCGAUAAUGAUGGACUUUUGACAUUUGACGCAAUUCGAGCCAACCUCAAGAAGUGUAAUUUCUCCGACAUGGAGAUUGAAAUGUUCUUUGCUAAAUAUGACACUGAUGGAGACCGAGUAUUGGAAGCUGACGAGGUGAAGAGAAUGCUAGCUGAUCUAGAGGGCCAAAAGUUAGAACUUGAAAGUAAGUUUAUUACAGUUUCCAUAAUGGAGUGGUUGAAAUUUUUCCUAAUUGAACGUCAUAUUGUUUUCUGUUGCCCAUUUGGAAACUUGGUUGAUAUCUGUUUGGAGAUUUGCCAUGUCCUCACUGGAUGA